AUGUCUAGUCGGAGCAGGAGUUCUAGCGCUUCUUCUAAAAAAUCGCGCUCUCGAUCAAGAAGUUCUAAAAGUAGUCGAAGCCGAAGUCCAAGUGUUGAUGAAAAUUGUCGUCUUCAUGUAGCCGACUUGGGACAAGGGGUUUCGAAAGGCGAAUUAACUCGAGUCUUUGAAAAAUACGGUCCAUUAAAAGAAGUUUGGGUAGCUUCAUCACCUCCUUGUUUUGCAUUUGUCGUUUUUGAAAAUAGAGAAGAUGCCGAAGAAGCAAUUCAAGGGGUUGACAACACUUCUGUCGGAGGAAACAGAGUAAGAGUUUCUGUGGCUCGACCAAGGACCAGAGGAAGAGGUCUUAAAAGCUAUGAUCCUAAUCAAAGAUGUUACACAUGUGGAGAAAGAGGACAUUUCUCUAGAGAUUGUAAUGAUACAAAAUAUGGAUAUAAAAGACCUUCCAGGUGA